UCAGUCCUGCUGCCUUUUCGUGCCCAACAACAUCUGCCCCUCCUCAAGCACUGGGUGGGGUCCUGGGCCCAGUGAAAGGCAGUGAACAUACACAGGUGUCACAGCACGCUAACCUAGCCUUGCCUAGCUCUCUGAAAGAAAGCCUGCGGCAGAAGGGAGAGAAGCGGCCCCAAGUGCAGCUGAAGCACUCCUUAGGAGUCAGCCGAGACCCUCCGUCCAAGCAGGGCCAGAUCCUUGCACUUGGCCAUGAUAAGGAGAGGCUUCCAGGUGAUGGCAAGACUUGGCCACCACAGAGGCCUUCUUGGGGCCCCCCGUGUCCUGCCCAGACUCAACCCUGCCUCAGCAUUUGGAUCCUCCACAGACUCUCCGGUCUCAAAAUUAUGCUCAGAGAAGACAGACUUGAAGGAUUAUGCCCUUCCCAAUGCCAGCUGGUGCUCGGACCUGCUGAGCCUGUACCAAGAAUUUCUGGAGAAAACCAAGUCUAGCAGCUGGGUCAAGUUGCCCUCCUACAAGUCCAACAGAGAUCACAUGCGGGGAUUCAAACUCCCAUUCCGACUGGAAGUUUCCUCGGGCAAAGGUGACUGGCGCAUCCUCACCAGGUACAUCCAAGUGGAAGGACAAGGCUAUGAGUAUGUCAUCUUUUUCCACCCACCCAAGAAGUCAGUCUUUCUUUUCCAACCAGGCCCCUACCUGGAGGGCCCCCCAGGGUAAGUUCAUGGUUUGCCCAUGGCAGUCAUGAUGGACGAGGCCUUUUCUAAAAUUGCCUACCUGGCUGGACAGGGGCUGCUCACACAAAGCCUCAACAUCAGGUUCAAAAACUUGAUCCCCGUGGGCUCUCUGGUUGUAAUGGACAUAGAAGUGGAAAAGAUAGAAGACCAGAAGCUUUACAUGUCCUGCAUCGCCCAGAGCAGAGACCAGAAGACAGUCUAUGCCAAGUCCUCAGGUGUCUUCCUUCAGCUGCAGCUGGAAGAAGGGUCGUCGUCCCAGAAACAGUCACUGUGCCUGCAGGAAAAUCUCUCACUGCUUCUCCUGCCUGCCUGGGACCACCACAGAGCAGGGAGGGGUCCUCAAGAAGCAGUUGGUGAGGCGAGGGAAAGGGCUCUUUUUUUUUUCUCUGAGUUAAUAAAGUCCCACAGCCCCAUUCUCGGCCCAGGGCCUUUCUAUGGUUGGAAAUCAAACUCUUUCCAGGGCAUCCCACAUACCCACCUUCCCAUUCAGCACCAACUUAAAAGACUUACUGAGUACCUGCCAGGUGCCAGGCACUGAGUGAGGCACCAGGCACCCAGCAGUGACGGACAGGACCCCCGACCUCAAGAUGUGCCAUCUGGGAGCCAGGGGCCAAAUGCACAGAGUGCUCCAUCACACUUCUCCCACGCCCACCCUGGCUUCCAUCAUGAGUGCAGUGUCAUCUCAAAGGGAGGAGAGGGCAAUUGUACUCCACGAAAGCAAUCAGAAAACGCCUUCUAGAAGAAGCUCUUCCUGAACCGUCUCAAAAGUUAAGAGGUGUUCACUAGGCAGGCAGGGGAGGACAGGAUGUCUCAGGCAGAGGGAAAAUAAGACAAAGGUGCAGAGGUGAAAGUGCACAGGGACUUUGGAGAAGAGCAAGGUGUUGAGGAGGGCAGGCGUUUAUGGAAAGAGAAGGUGGGCAGGGCAGGAGCAAGCCACGGGAAGGCUUCAUAAUCCCUGCUGGAGAGCUGGAACUUUGUCUUGCAGGCAACAGGAAGCCUCUAAAGGCCUUGUGCUGGGGAGUGACAGAGCUUUGUUAUUUAGAAAGAUGACUCAGUGGCAGUAAGGCAUCAGCAAGAAUGAAGGCAGGAGCACUGGUCAGGAGAGCCCUGCAGGCUUUACACUAGAGACAGUAAGGGCUUGCAGGGGCUGGGGCCUCCGUGCUGAGAGGUAUGGGAAAAUGUUACAAAUAUAGCAAGUGCAGGAUUUUGCCACCAGUUAUACAGUGUGGCUCUGUGAAUGAGAGCUGUCUAGGAUGACUCCAAGUUUCUGGCUUGACAGGUUUCCAGGCGAUUAUCACUGGAAAUACAGAAAGAGGUGGGGGUAAAGAAUGAGCUCCAUUUUACAUGCAUCGAGCUUGAAGUGCCCAUGGAAGUUGUACCAUGUGGCAGGUGCCAGCAGGAAUGUGGAUAUGGUGCUAUGGGGCUCAGGAGAGACGAGUUACUGAUCGACAUUGUGAGUCAAUAUGAAAUGUGACCUGAAGCCCCUGGGAAUGCGUUAGGCAGAGAGAAAGUGAGAAGGAGGCAAAGGGAAUGGCAGAGGUGAGGAGGGACGGGAGAUGGGAGGGAGGGAAGAAGAAAAGAGGUCAAAUAUAGAACCCGAACCUUAGGUCACACUGAGACUUCAAGUUGGGAUAGAAGACCAAGGAUCCACUACGGAGGCUGAGAACAGGACAGGCACGACCAUCCUUCAGAGGAAGAGGCCAGCAGUAGCAAAUGCUGACGAGAAGGCAAGGAAGAUGAGAAUUAAAAAGAAGCCUUUGAGCCAGGUGCAGUGGCUCACGUCUGUAAUCCCAACACUUUGGGAGGCCGAGGCG